GACCAUCACCGAAACAAGCGAAGCUUUUGUUGUAUUUGGAUAAGUGUGGCAAAGCAGUAAAACAGAGGUUGACGAGAAGGGUAAAAGAGGAAAAUUGAAAAUGGCGACAACGGUCGGAAGAAACAUAGCAGCACCAUUGCUGUUCUUGAAUCUGGUUAUGUACCUUAUCGUACUUGGUUUCGCGAGUUGGUGUCUCAAUAAAUACAUCAACGGCCAAACUAACCACCCAAGUUUCGGAGGCAACGGAGCAACGCCCUUCUUCUUGACGUUUUCGAUUUUAGCAGCCGUUAUAGGGAUAGCGUCGAAGUUGGCCGGAGCUAAUCAUAUUAGGUUUUGGAGGAACGAUAGCCUCGCCGCCGCUGGAUCUUCCUCUAUCGUUGCAUGGGCUGUCACCGCUCUUGCCAUGGGCUUGGCAUGCAAGCAAAUACACAUAGGAGGAUGGAGAGGAUGGAGAUUGAAGAUGAUUGAAGCCUUCAUUAUAAUCCUGACUUUCACGCAGUUUCUCUACCUCUUGCUGAUCCAUGCUGGUGCGUUCAGCAGCAAGUACGGUCCUGGAUACAGAGACCCUGACUACGCUACAGGUCAAGGCCAUCACGUACCAGGCACUCAUGCCGGCGAGCACAAGGCUGGUGUUGGCACCACCAUGGCCGUUUAGAGUCGUUGUGUGUGUUUAUACUGAUAUGUCAAUUUGGAUAAUAAUAUAGUAGACGUUGCUCUUCUUUUCCCUAAGUUUUAUGUAAUAAUGUAAUUCCAUCGGAUCUGACGAACGAACGAACCUGUUUGUGUUCUUUUGUUAAUGGAUUUGUGUUUUCUUACAUCUUCGUUGUAUACUUUCGAGUCGAGUUGAACCCAAAUCGAACGGUCUAAUUUUUAAAAUGAACCUUAAAUUACU